AUGCGUGAGUUGGAUCCAGUUGGAACAGCACUUCGGUGGAGAGGAACUAUUUGUCGAAGAAAGUACAAUGUACAAGGUCCAAAUGCACUGUGGCACAUCGAUGGGAACCAUAAGAUGAUACGCUGGCGGCUUGUGGUACAUACUGCUAUUGAUGGAUAUUCUAGGUUGAUACCAUAUCUGCACUGUGCAAACAACAACAGAUCCGAUACAGUACUUGCACUAUUUCAGAAUGCCUGCCAAAGUUAUGGAAUGCCUUCAAGGGUUAGGAGUGACCAUGGUCUCGAAAACAUGGGUGUAGCCCGAAUGAUGUUGGAGUGUCGGGGAGUCAACAGAGGGAGCAUGAUAACUGGAAGUUCAGUGCACAAUCAAAGAGUCGAACGGCUUCAUAGAGAUGUGACCAGUGGUGUUCUUAGAAGCUAUAUAGACGAGUUCAACAUGAUGGAAAGAUCUGGUCUAUUAGACCCUAUCAAUGAAGUCCAUUUACUGUCACUUCACCUUGUAUUUCUGCAGGAAAUUAAGAAAUCUCUGGAUGAAUUUACCAGGCAGUGGAAUUACCAUGGCCUUAGCACAGAAGGUGGUUCAUCUCCUCUUCAGCUUUGGACUAAGGGUCUUCUAAGAUCUGCAAAUGGCAGGAACUCACCUCUGGAUGGUAUUUUAUCAGAGGAAGAAUUAAUUUGGUAUGGGCUAGAUGAAGAGGAUGCCAUUUCUGUUUCAGAAGAGGACCAAGAGGUGAUUGUUCCCAGCAGUAACAUACCUUUGAGUGAAGAUCAGCUGGGUUACCUUCACUCCCUAGUACCCACAAACCUAACAAGGAGUGAACGAAUCUCUAAAUAUGUUGAGCUUGUGGGUGUUGUUAAUGAGAUGCUUUAA